AUGCUUUGGACCACCAUCCUAUUGCAGCUUGCACUAUGGGUCACCUCCAUUCAGGCCUUCUUCCCGUGGUUCCCCAACGAGAACGGUGAGAGCGGGAACAUCGAUGCUAUAAAGAAGAGCUCGAGACGAGCCGACGCCGACGGGCGUGUUGCCGAGGUUCGGGAUGCUUCCGGACAAGGCCUGACCUUGCCGUUGAAGCAGAGGAAAGCCAGCGUACGUCCUCUGCCAUAUUCACAAAUCCCGUGCAAAACUCUGGUGGCUGACCUUGAAUGCAACCAGUCUGACCAACCUCGCGGUGCCCAAGUCGCCCAGGCUGCCGACCGACUGGCACGAAAGUACGCGCCGGCUGGUGUCUCCAAGGCCCGUGAAGCUUCCUCGGAUCUCGACAAGCGACAGAACCAGUUCAAGAUAGUGACUGCUGCGGCCCCAACGCAAAGCAACAGUGCUGGCAUCGCCCAAGAUGGCGGAGACAUCUCGUACUUCGUGCAGGUCGGAGUUGGCUCGAAGCAGACACCCAUGUACAUGCUGCUUGACUCUGGUGCCGGCACGACCUGGGUGAUGGGCUCUUCCUGCCAGACCCCCGCGUGCACAAUGCACAGCCGAUUCGGCCCGUCGGAUUCCACGAGUCUAGUUGCGUCAACAAAGACCUUCUCCAUCGCCUAUGGCUCCGGGAAAGUCGUGGGCAGCCUCGCCUCGGACACGCUCAGCGUGGCUGGCAUGAAGGCGACCAUGUCUUUCGGUGUGGCCGACACGACGUCGGACGACUUUGAGCACUUUCCGUUUGACGGCAUUCUGGGCCUGAGCAUGGCCAAGGGCGCCACGGACAAUUUCUUGGACAUGGUCAAGAGCGAGAAGCUCAUCGGGGCCAACAUGUUUGCCGUGUCGCUGAACCGGAACUCGGACGGGCCCAACAACGGUGAAAUAACCUUUGGUGCCACCAACCCGGCAAAAUUCACGGGUGACAUCUCGUACACCCCCGUCUCGUCCGACGCCCAUGGCGACUGGGCCAUCCCGCUGGAUGACUUUGAGUUUGACGGCAACAAGGCGGGCAUCACGGGCAAGCUUGCCUACAUCGACACGGGUACCAGCUACGUCUUUGGGCCCUCGAGCGACGUUGCCGCCCUGCACAAGCAGAUUCCCGGCGCCAAGAGCGGAGACGGUGUCACCUACACGGUUCCGUGCGACAACAACAAGCCCAUCACUGUCAUCUUCUCGGGCGUCAAGUACGCCAUCUCUGCCAAGGAAUGGCACUCGGGCCCCAACGGCAAUGGCGAUUGCACGAGCAACAUCUACGGCCACGAGGUUGUCAAGGGCCAGUGGCUGCUGGGUGACCUGUUCCUCAAGAAUGUCUAUGCUGUCUUUGACAUGGAUCAAACCAGAAUUGGAUUUGCUGCCAAACCUCAGCCUACCUCUUCAACAAGCUCGAGUGUCCCGACCAGCACGGCGGGCUCUACGAACUCGAACCCGCAAGGAUCGUCGACUCUAUCUACGAUGAUCACCCCCAGCCCCACAACUUCCAAGUCUGGGUCCUCUUCGACUCCGGCAGAUAUCCCCGGACUGAGCGGGCAUGAAACGUCUGCGACGGCUGCAGCCGACGCCUCCCCAGCAGUUGCCACGCCGACACACAAGUCGCCGGGAGAGCAGCUCGAGGGCAACAGAUAUGUCACAAUGAUCUGCAUGGUGGUCGCCAUCGCUCUCGCGGCAUGA